AUGUCUACCGCGGACGAUUCUACCCCUGCUCCCACCACCAAUGGGACCAGUGAACCCACCCUGAAAGAUGCCUUUGUCAACAACGCCGCCUCAGCGGUCAACACUGUGACAGAACACCCCAUCACUCAAAAUGUUGUCAAUGGUCCCGUGGCAACCUCCGUCAAGGACCAAGCUGCGUUCACGAAGUCCGAAUUCAGCGAUCUUGCCAGCUCUCGACAACCUCCUUCGUACACUGCUGCCAACGAUACUACUUUGACGCACUACCAUUCCUUUUUCUACACUUUGUUGAGCUGGAAGAACAAGCGAGCCACCGGGAUCACGUUUGCCUCCGUUGUUGCCUUCAUCUUCGCUUGCCGCUACCUGCCCAUCAUUCGAUAUGUGAUCAAGAUUACUUGGAUGACACUUGGUGUCGUCACGCUCGCAGAGGGCUCGAGCAAGGCGUUGAUGGGCUCUAGUGUGGCCGGUACUCUCCGACCCCGACGGUACUACAAGAUUCCCAAGGAGACCCUCGAAGCUUCCCUCGACGACCUAGAAAACCUGAUCAACUUUUUCGUCAUCGAGAUCCAACGCAUCGUCUUCGCCGAGAACGUCCCUGUAACUGCAGCUGCUUUCUUGACUGCAUUCUUGACCUACUAUCUCAUCAAAAUCGUCCCUUUCUGGGGUAUGGCAUUGAUUGCCAGCUGCGCCCUCUUCCUCGGUCCCUUGAUCUACAUCGAGAACAAGGAAUUCAUCGAUUCUCAACUCGAGCACGCCGGAAAUGUCAUUGGCCAACAGACGACCCAGAUCCGCGACUUGACCGCUCAACACACUAGCAAGGGUCUCGACACGAUGAAGCAAUACACUGGGACAUAUGCGGCCAAAGCUCAAGAGAUGGUCGGGGGCGCCCGUCAGAGGAUCCCUUCUCCGACCACUGGUAAGGCUCCAGUGAAGGAGGGUGAUUUCCCCUCGGCACCCAAGACAGACCUCCCAGAUGCCUCCAACAACAUGCUGCACCGCCAGGCUGAACCCCUCAGCUCCUGA